AGAUGCCUCUGGAUGUUCAAUGAUAGCACUCCUCCAUACUGGAGCAGCAAAGUUUCCCCAAAACUUACUUCCAAGGGCAAGACAAGCUGUGCGCUCCCUCCUCCGGGCUGGUGUUCUCAGAGGGUACAGCUCCAUCGUAAGCAGGAAACUGGCGUCCCACGGCUUUGGAGCUUCCAUGGCAGCAAUGUCAUCCUUCCCUCCACAGAGAUAUCACUACUUCUUAGUGCUGGAUUUUGAGGCUACGUGUGAUAAACCACAGAUUCAUCCUCAGGAAAUCAUCGAAUUCCCUAUCCUGAAGCUGAAUGGCAGGACGAUGGAGAUCGAAUCCACCUUUCACAUGUAUGUUCAGCCUGUGGUGCAUCCCCAGCUUACGCCCUUCUGUACAGAGCUGACUGGGAUUAUUCAAGGCAUGGUGGAUGGGCAGCCAAGCCUCCAGCAAGUGCUUGAGAGGGUUGACGAGUGGAUGGCGAAGGAAGGCCUCUUAGAUCCCAGCGUCAAGUCGAUUUUUGUGACCUGUGGAGACUGGGAUUUGAAAGUGAUGUUACCAGGACAAUGCCAGUACUUAGGGCUGCCGGUUGCUGAUUACUUCAAACAGUGGAUUAAUCUGAAAAAGAUGAAUAUACAGGUCUCACUCAUGGCUGAUGGAUCAGCUCCACCUCCCUCACCUUUCUUUGAGCCAAGAUACUCUAGCAUUUCUGCACUGCACUCAAUAUACCUUAAAGCCACCAACUUCCAUUAAGCCACAUAGGAUGGAGUGUGGCUGAGGUGGUCUCUCUGCUGCAUGCAGUGGUUGGCAUCCCCAGCGGGUUUCAGUGACGUGGAGAUGAAACCUCAGCGUGCCGUUCUGCCAGCACUGCUCCUGCAUCCUGCAGAUGCAUUUUUAAACAAACUCUGGAUAUUUAGUGUACGGUCUUGUGCCAACUUCAGGAAAGCCUGCUCUCUGUGCUCUUCCAGUGUUGUAACCUCUGUCAGCCUGGCUCUGAUUGAUGGUAUUAAUAUUUUAGAGAUCAUUUAGGAUCUCCGCCUUGGCUGUGCCGCUCACUCAGGGAGGAGCUGUCCUGCGUGGAUGUCUGCAGCUGCCAGAGGAGCGCGCUUGCUGCCUGCCGGUGUGUUUUGGAGGAGGCAGGUCUGCAGGUUAGCAGGGCCACCAAGACUAAUGGGAGCACAAGGCCUUCAAAGAGCGAAUUGCUAGCCUUCAGCAUGUGCGAGCUGGCCCUUUCUGUAGAUGAGGGUCUUUCAGCCUCCCUGGAACACUCCCUUCUGUCCUUGCCUCUUGGCAAAGGGACCAACUUCCCUCUGGACGUUGUCCCACCGACUGCAUUUGGCCAAGGACCUUGCUGUGGAGGGGUGUCCCCAUGCCUCUGCUCAGCCCUUCCAGUUCCUGGAGCUGGCCUCAGCGGAGCUGGCAAACCCAAAAGAGCUCUGCAUCUCUCCUGUGUUUUGAGUCUCCCUUUGCCAUUGCACCAUGUAUGAUUUAGCCACAUGGAGUUGGUUCUGCUGCAGUCUUGUCUGUGGAGUCAGUCUUUAAGCUCAAGUUGCAGAAUUCACACAUGCCCUUGCGGCUCCCGGAUCCAUCCCUGGUGCUGAUCGGGAGGUGACUGACGUCCUUUGUCAGUGCUCUGCAGCGCACCAUCUCCAGCUGCGUCUCAGGAGCUGCA